UUCGACUCGGAAAAAUAUUGAUGAAUUCUGUGAGAGCUUUUAAUGCUACAUUGUAAACCGAAAACGAGUGAUGAAUUAAAUAUAAAGCCGUAUUUUAAAAGACGAGUAGAGUUCACUGGACCUUGUAUUUCAAAUAAGACGAUUUGCCUGUCGAAACUUCUGUCGUACGGUCCAUAAUCACGUAAAUAUCGAACAAAAGUAAUUUGGUUCCAAGUUUGUGAAUUAUAUGAGAGAAAUGGAGCAAUUUAGCGUAACGAAGAUGGAAGAAGCCACUUCAAUAAAGGUAGAAGAACUGAUAAUAUCCGACGUUGUGGCUACAAAAGAGGAAACUCCGCUCGCCAGCAGGAUGGACAUCACCGAUAAAAAUGGGACAAGCACAGCUUCUGAUGGAAUUGCAGUUGCCAACUCUAGCAACUCUGAAAAGCAUAAUACCGGUGUUGGUGAUCAUCCGGAGAAAAGGCACAUUUGUGAAUUCUGCAACAAGGAAUUAACCACAAACUACAGCUUGGUGACCCAUAGAAGAGCUCACACUGGAGAACGACCUUAUACGUGUGAUAUCUGCGGCGAAACAUUCAGAGCAGUUCAAAAUCUGCGGUACCAUAAGAAUACUCAUAUGAGGGAGCUUAACUUCAAGUGUGACAUAUGUGAGCAACGGUUUUCGCUAAAAUCACAUCUUGCGUCACACAAGAAAACGCACAGCUUAGAUUACCCUCAUAAGUGCUCAAUUUGUGAUCGAAGAUUUUCGUAUAAAUGGCGUCUCACAGAACAUAUGCGCACUCACAGCGAUGAGCGACCCUUCAAGUGCGACAUCUGUAACAAAUCGUACAAGAGAUCUCAAAUUUUGAAGCGUCAUAUCUGCAAAUUAUACGAUCCAAGCAAGUCCGAAGGAUCGAAAAAGCGCAAAACCGGCGUUUUCGAUCAACCACCGAAAAAGCACGUUUGCGACAUCUGCAACAAAGAACUGGGUACAAAAUACAACUUGGAAGAUCAUAGAAGAACGCAUACCGGGGAACGACCUUUUGCGUGUAAUAUCUGCAGCAGAACAUUCCAUACAGCAAUACGUUUGCAGUACCAUAAGCGUGCUCACACAGAAGACCAGAAUUUCGAGUGCGACAUAUGCAAGCGAUGUUUCUCCGUAAAAUCAAAUUUAACGGUCCACAUGAAUAUACAUCGCACAGAUUGUCCUCAUAAAUGUUCGAUUUGCGAUAAAAAAUUUCCCUCUAAUUGUCAUCUUGAACGACAUAUGCACAGUCACAGCAGUGAACGAUUCUUCAAAUGCGAAAUCUGUGACGUUUCAUGCAAGAGAUCUAAUAGUCUAGAACGUCAUAUGAAGAUCCACAAGGUCGAUCCCUCCCCAGGUAAUACAGGAGGUUUGGAGCCAAACCAGACCGAUAGCAUCCGGAGCAAUGGAUCCGCAAAAUACACGUGCGACAUAUGCGGCAAACAAUACAAAGGUAUGAGACGUCUUCACUUUCAUCUAAAGCUUCAUCAGAGCACCACUGUGAGACCUGAUAAUAAUCAACACAAAAAGCUGUACGAGUGCAUAAUUUGCGGAAAAGGAAAUCCGAAUAGAGCAUUGCUCAUAAGGCAUAUGCAUUGUCACACUAAAGUACGGGCUUUCAAUUGCGAUAUUUGCGAUUCAUCUUUUAAGUCAGCUGAUUAUUUGAAACGCCAUAAGAAAAGGCACCUCUACGAGAGACCGUAUAAAUGCGAAAUUUGCGGAAAAGAAUUUCUCGCCCCUGGCAUGCUAAAACGGCACUUGUUUUGCCAUACUAAUGAACGCAUUUGAAAGGUCAAAUGCACUAAUUGCAGCCUAUCAUUCGAGUCAGAAUGUAAUCGGAGCAAUCAUAUUUUGAAUGUCCACAAGCAGUCCGUACGAGUGCGCGCUUUAUAAUAAACCAUUCACAUGCAAACAAAACCUUUGGGAACAUCAGGCUUUGCAUUCUGAAUAACGACCAUUCAUAUGCGAUAUGUAUUUGCCAGGGUGGAUCUAUCUGUCAAACAUCGUGUAACCAACAUAUUCGGCAACAUGGCGUUUGUUUUGGUUUUUGUUCCUUUUGGUCAUGAAAUUGAUCGACGUGAAAUAUUAUAGAAUUGGAAUGUUUGUCAUCAAAGCUCGCGAAACCGCGGAAAACUUUCAUGAAUGUGUUGUGUAGUGAUUUUUCCUCCAUUAUUGUUCAUAGUUACAAACAUCAUGGACCUAGUGAUGGAAAACUUAUCGAUACUUAUCGAUAAUAUCGAUAAGUGCUUGACAUCGAUAUUAUCGUUAAUUUUUUGACGUUAACGAUAAUUAUCGAUAUUAUAAGGGUGAGCACAAGUCAGUGCGGCUGGUUACUGGAGGAGACCCAAGGAAGGAGACCUCACCUACCCUUCUCUAGGAGUUGCUUUUGCCGCUGGGUAUUUGUUGCUAUUCGACAAGAUUUAGCAUUGUUGGGGGUGGUGUAAAGGUUCCCCCCGGAUGUCACUGAGUUUCUGAGAAAUAAUGGUAACUAAAAAGGUAUUUAUAGUUUUUAGUUUCCUAUGAACAGAUGAAUUCGACAACUCAGUACUGGAGAACUUUAAAAAAAUAUCCAAACUUUUCGCACCAUCUCAUAAAAAGCAAUGACACGAAAUUGUAAUAAAAUACAUUUUCUUUGGCUUGCCAACUCUUAUAAUAUGAUGGACAUGCAUAGCGGCAGUCUAUUGGUAACUCUCUGAUAAUUGAUUAGUUUAACUUGGAACUGUUUAAGUUUAAAGUAUCUGUUACCCAACAAACAAUUUUUAGUUCAACUAAAAAUCCAAAUCAACGAAAUUGUUGCGCCAAAAAAAGUAUCCUGAUUUAUACAGGGGGUGGAAAAAAUAAUUGAGAUAAAAAAAAUUCUCUCGAAUUUAAAAUGGCCAGAACUUUACGAAAAAUGAAUCAAUUUUGAUAACCAGUUUCAUUCCACUGGCAAACAGUAUUAUAUUAGUAUUACUUGGGAACUUGGUGUGACCAUCCUACCCCGAAAAUGUUUCGGAUUUCAAGAGUGUGUGUCAAAGUGUACAUUUUUGCAACGCAUAGAACGUUUUAGGCAACUAAAUUGUCUAUCUUAAAUACUAUCUAAAAAAAUCUGAGAUCACCGAUAUUUUCUAAAAUCAUUUUUUGUUUUUAAAAUUAUAUUUUUUCAGAGUAGGAUCUUAAACUCAUUUUUUUAUAUUUUUGAAGUAGGCUGACCAGAUUUUCUCGGGAUAAAAACGGGACAAACGGGUUCAAAAAACGGUACACAUGUUAACAUUUAUUCUUGAAAUUUUUCUCCAACCAAAGCAUGCAAACAAUUGGGACUGCUUCGACGAACUAACCCCAUCCUGAAGAGUGCAAUUUUCAGCAAUGAGUUCCUGAAAUUUGUCACAUGAUGAUCGAAAUUUUGACUAACAAUUAUCAUGGUCACAACUUUCAAUCUGACCUUUUUAAAUGUUAAUCCAGAUAAAUUUUCAAACGCAAGUUUGCAAAGUUGCUUGGUUUAAUAAGACCUACACACCCACAAUGUUCGAUUGAAUUCUGCUGGAGUGCUGCAAGCUCAAAGAAAAUUAGUACCCAACAGGGAAAAAACCGCCAAAAUCAACACCCAUACUUAAUAAAUUCAUACCUCGAUGAUUCCUUGGCGAAUUUUCAAUCUUUGGCUACCUGAACCUGAACCUGAAAUAAAUUCUGAUUUAUUGACAACAUAUAAACCUAUGUGAAACAGAAUGUCAGAAAAAGUUCUACGCGUUGCAAAAAUGUACACUUUGGCACACACUCCGGAAAUCUGAAACAUUUCCAGUGACCCUUGGUCACGUCCAGUUCUCAAGUUAUACUAGGAAUCUAGGACAGUUUUCCAGUAAAAUGAAACCUGUUUUGUCUGAAUUGAUUCAUUUUUCGUGAAGUUUUGGCCAUUUAAAAAUUGACAGAAUUUUGCCUGCUUCAAUUAUUUCCCUUAUUACACAACCUUCAAAAUGAACUUCGGCUUGAAACUACUCCGUAGAAAGCACUCCCGGCGUAAAACUCAAAGACUUUCCAAAACAAACUGUUUAACUCGUCCGGUAGUUUGAAUUAUCAUUCGCAGUAUCGUAAGAUUUGUCAUUCAAGGCCUUAACACAAUGGAUACGUUGCGGCUGCGUUUGCGGCAAUUUGACAGUUAGCCCAUACAUUUACUGUCAAAUUGACGCCAACGCAACGCAAACGUAUCCAUUCUGUUUGGGCCGUUACUAUAACCGCAAUAACGUUUGCGGUAAAAAAAUGGACAAAAAAUUCCCGAUUUCAUGGGUUUCAAAAUGGCGUCAAAAACAGACAUCGUGCGGCACCUUGUGGACGCCGGGUAUGCCGGUUCUGGCAUCUACAACAUUUUGACACUAUUGGACAAUGAUCAGAGCAUCGAAAGAAAACCCGGUUCUGGUCGGCCAACGACCCUGAGUGACAAGAAGCUUGCUGAUAACCAAAAGGAUGCUGAAGAGGAAGACCGAGGGAAAAGUGGCUAAAUCGCUGCGUGCACUUGGCCGAGAGGUUGGUGCAUGCUCUAAAACAGUGAAAAAGUAUCUGGAGAACAUGGACAUGAAUACAAGAAGCUGCAGUCCCGACCACUGGUCUCGGAGCUGCAGGCAAUGACGCAGCGACAGCGGUUGAAUAAGAUGGUCAAGUCGAUUUUCCCGGAGAAUCGCGACGCGGCAGUGGUAUUGGAUGACUAGACCUAUCUCACCCUGGAUGGCAACGACUAGCAGGGUUUUUCGUAUUUUACCUCCCCCACGAAGGAAGUGAGCACCGAGGUAAAGUUUAUUUCACAGACCAAGUUCCCCAAGAAGGUGCGGCUGUGGCUGACAAUCAGCGAGAAAGGGAUGUCAAAGUUACUCUUCUUUAGCUCCGGGCUGGCCGUGAACGGGGAAAUUUAUAGUACGAAGUGCCUGACAGACGUUGCGUCGUUCAUCAAGAAAUACCGUAAGCGCGAAGACACGGUGUUCUGGCCAGAUUUGACGUCGGCCAAUUACUCGAAGCGAUCGUAGGAGGAGAUGGAGCGGCUGAAUAUCGAUGUGGUACCGAAGUCGGUGAAUCCGCCCAAUGUCCCCCACCUGCUUCCCAUCGAGAAUUUCUGGGCAAACUUGAAGCGCAAGAUCUAUUCCAACAAUUUUGUCGCGAAAACGGAGGAGGAAUUAAUAAAAAAAAAACGAAGAAAGAGCUUAAAAACAUGGCUACACGCAUGUUUUCGUCCGCCAUGGCAAAUGUUACGGUUAACUGCCGGAAGGCCGCACGCAAGGACGUAAUAUUUUUUUGCGAGGAAGCUAACAUGAUAACCUUGCAUAGGAAAUUCAUCCAACUCAAUUAUCUGUCAUAGUUUCUUUUUCAUCACCAUCUGGAAUAGUCUUUUUUUCAUCAUCUGAAAAAAAAAUUUUUUACCGCAAACGUUUGCUGUCAAAUUAUCGAUAAUAUCGAUAAAACCCCCGGAAUUAUCGAUUGUUAUCGAUGUACGUUUUGGGCGAUAUUUCCCAUCACUACAUGGACCAACAAACGUCAUGGACCAGAGUUGAUCUGCGAUAACACACACAUAUAUGAAAUUUGACAGCAGUGAAUCCCCUCUGGUAUUUGCGUUCCAACCUAAAAGACACAUCGUGCGUAACGGGAGCACUGGAAAACUCAAAAGCACCACGAGAUUAGGAAAGCAGAAGAACUGCUAGGCAGCUGGCAAGGACCUAAGACAAGACGCGACAGCUGGCUUCUUAUUUUUCUUUUCGUCACGGCCGUCAUCCCCGUCGAAAUUUUUUUGAACGUUCCAUACCGUUGAUACCAGAGUGAUUAUUUUUAACAACUUCUGCAGGUCAAUGAAAAUAAAACAAAUUAAAAUUGCAAUAUAUAGGCGAAUAAUACUCAAUUCUUAUUUAUUAUUUUAUGUUCAAUAAAUCAUACUUCUACUAUCAAAUUUUUUCUUCCUAAGUUUCUUGGUACCCAAAUUUUUUCUUUCUAAGUUUCUUGGACUUCAACCGAAAUAGUAAUAAACGAUUAAUCAAUGCAUUUUUAAAGUUAUAACAGUGAAAUACAUUACUCGGUAAUAUCAUGUGCCUUGCAUACUUUUGCAUCAUUAUUUAUGAACAAUUAUAAUAGCUAAAUUAUGACUCUCAAGCAUCACUGCUUUACAGUGAAAAGUAACCUCGUUGUAUUUUCUACGUGACGAUUGCGUUAUCGAAUUCAGCCAAUCAGCAGCCGGUUCAAAUUGGUUGAAUGUAACGGUGAUCAGCUGUCACGUCUUGUCUUAGGUAAGGACGGCAUUCCAGCCAAACUUUUUAACGUCGGGAGCGAACAGCUGUUUCGUGCGUUACACCGAAUCAGUGUGAGAGUGUGGUCCGAUGAAGAAUUACGCUCGGACUGGUUGGAGGGUCUCAUAUGUCCGAUAUACAAGAAAGGUGACCGCCUGGACUGUAGUGAUUAUCGGGGUAUAACCCGUCUCAACACCAACACCAAAAUUCUCUCCCGUAUUCUGUUCCAUAGACUUAGGUCAUUGUCGGAGACCUUUGUUGGCGAUUACCAAUGUGGUUUUCGAGGGGGACGCUCCACUACGGAGCAAAUGUUCUCCCUGCAACAGAUCCUUGAUAAAUUUCGAGAAUUCAAUUUGUAGACUCACCAUCUGUUCAUAGGCUUUAGGGCAGCGUACGAUACAGUUAAGAGAAAUGGUUUCCCAACAAAACUAAUUAGGCUGAUACAUGCCACCCUUGAAGACUCUACAGCAUGCGUCAAGAUAGCCGGUGAGAUAUCGGACUCCUUCGUGACGUUAAAUGGUUUGAAGUAGGGAGACGGGUUGUCAAACUUAACAUUGCAUUGGAAGGUGUCUUUGCGGAGGGCUGGCGUGCAAAGAAGCGGCAUCAUCAUUACGAAGUCUCAUAUACUCCUCGGUUUUGCGGACGAUAUCGAUAUCAUUGGUAUCAACCGUAGAGCAGUGGUAGAGGCCUUCAGUCCUUUCAGGAGGGAAGCUGCGAGAAUAGGGCUCAUCAUUAAAUCUGCCAAAACGAAAUACAUGGUGGCUGGUAGAGAACGUGGUAGCUAGGACAGGACGUGAUAAGUGGCUUCUAGUUAUUCUUCUUUUCGUUCAAAAUUGCCCUCAUGAAACAUUUGUGAUUUUUCGGCACGACGCUUGCCAGUGUUUCCAAAAAUGUUUAAUUAGCAUAAUAUAAAUAUCAAGGAUUUUCCAAGUCCACAAGCAGUCCGUACGAGUGCGCGCUUUAUAAUAAACCAUUCACAUGCAAACAAAACCUUUGGGAACAUCAGGCUUUGCAUUCUGAAUAACGACCAUUCAUAUGCGAUAUGUAUUUGCCAGGGUGGAUCUAUCUGUCAAACAUCGUGUAACCAACAUAUUCGGCAACAUGGCGUUUGUUUUGGUUUUUGUUCCUUUUGGUCAUGAAAUUGAUCGACGUGAAAUAUUAUAGAAUUGGAAUGUUUGUCAUCAAAGCUCGCGAAACCGCGGAAAACUUUCAUGAAUGUGUUGUGUAGUGAUUUUUCCUCCAUUAUUGUUCAUAGUUACAAACAUCAUGGACCUAGUGAUGGAAAACUUAUCGAUACUUAUCGAUAAUAUCGAUAAGUGCUUGACAUCGAUAUUAUCGUUAAUUUUUUGACGUUAACGAUAAUUAUCGAUAUUAUAAGGGUGAGCACAAGUCAGUGCGGCUGGUUACUGGAGGAGACCCAAGGAAGGAGACCUCACCUACCCUUCUCUAGGAGUUGCUUUUGCCGCUGGGUAUUUGUUGCUAUUCGACAAGAUUUAGCAUUGUUGGGGGUGGUGUAAAGGUUCCCCCCGGAUGUCACUGAGUUUCUGAGAAAUAAUGGUAACUAAAAAGGUAUUUAUAGUUUUUAGUUUCCUAUGAACAGAUGAAUUCGACAACUCAGUACUGGAGAACUUUAAAAAAAUAUCCAAACUUUUCGCACCAUCUCAUAAAAAGCAAUGACACGAAAUUGUAAUAAAAUACAUUUUCUUUGGCUUGCCAACUCUUAUAAUAUGAUGGACAUGCAUAGCGGCAGUCUAUUGGUAACUCUCUGAUAAUUGAUUAGUUUAACUUGGAACUGUUUAAGUUUAAAGUAUCUGUUACCCAACAAACAAUUUUUAGUUCAACUAAAAAUCCAAAUCAACGAAAUUGUUGCGCCAAAAAAAGUAUCCUGAUUUAUACAGGGGGUGGAAAAAAUAAUUGAGAUAAAAAAAAUUCUCUCGAAUUUAAAAUGGCCAGAACUUUACGAAAAAUGAAUCAAUUUUGAUAACCAGUUUCAUUCCACUGGCAAACAGUAUUAUAUUAGUAUUACUUGGGAACUUGGUGUGACCAUCCUACCCCGAAAAUGUUUCGGAUUUCAAGAGUGUGUGUCAAAGUGUACAUUUUUGCAACGCAUAGAACGUUUUAGGCAACUAAAUUGUCUAUCUUAAAUACUAUCUAAAAAAAUCUGAGAUCACCGAUAUUUUCUAAAAUCAUUUUUUGUUUUUAAAAUUAUAUUUUUUCAGAGUAGGAUCUUAAACUCAUUUUUUUAUAUUUUUGAAGUAGGCUGACCAGAUUUUCUCGGGAUAAAAACGGGACAAACGGGUUCAAAAAACGGUACACAUGUUAACAUUUAUUCUUGAAAUUUUUCUCCAACCAAAGCAUGCAAACAAUUGGGACUGCUUCGACGAACUAACCCCAUCCUGAAGAGUGCAAUUUUCAGCAAUGAGUUCCUGAAAUUUGUCACAUGAUGAUCGAAAUUUUGACUAACAAUUAUCAUGGUCACAACUUUCAAUCUGACCUUUUUAAAUGUUAAUCCAGAUAAAUUUUCAAACGCAAGUUUGCAAAGUUGCUUGGUUUAAUAAGACCUACACACCCACAAUGUUCGAUUGAAUUCUGCUGGAGUGCUGCAAGCUCAAAGAAAAUUAGUACCCAACAGGGAAAAAACCGCCAAAAUCAACACCCAUACUUAAUAAAUUCAUACCUCGAUGAUUCCUUGGCGAAUUUUCAAUCUUUGGCUACCUGAACCUGAACCUGAAAUAAAUUCUGAUUUAUUGACAACAUAUAAACCUAUGUGAAACAGAAUGUCAGAAAAAGUUCUACGCGUUGCAAAAAUGUACACUUUGGCACACACUCCGGAAAUCUGAAACAUUUCCAGUGACCCUUGGUCACGUCCAGUUCUCAAGUUAUACUAGGAAUCUAGGACAGUUUUCCAGUAAAAUGAAACCUGUUUUGUCUGAAUUGAUUCAUUUUUCGUGAAGUUUUGGCCAUUUAAAAAUUGACAGAAUUUUGCCUGCUUCAAUUAUUUCCCUUAUUACACAACCUUCAAAAUGAACUUCGGCUUGAAACUACUCCGUAGAAAGCACUCCCGGCGUAAAACUCAAAGACUUUCCAAAACAAACUGUUUAACUCGUCCGGUAGUUUGAAUUAUCAUUCGCAGUAUCGUAAGAUUUGUCAUUCAAGGCCUUAACACAAUGGAUACGUUGCGGCUGCGUUUGCGGCAAUUUGACAGUUAGCCCAUACAUUUACUGUCAAAUUGACGCCAACGCAACGCAAACGUAUCCAUUCUGUUUGGGCCGUUACUAUAACCGCAAUAACGUUUGCGGUAAAAAAAUGGACAAAAAAUUCCCGAUUUCAUGGGUUUCAAAAUGGCGUCAAAAACAGACAUCGUGCGGCACCUUGUGGACGCCGGGUAUGCCGGUUCUGGCAUCUACAACAUUUUGACACUAUUGGACAAUGAUCAGAGCAUCGAAAGAAAACCCGGUUCUGGUCGGCCAACGACCCUGAGUGACAAGAAGCUUGCUGAUAACCAAAAGGAUGCUGAAGAGGAAGACCGAGGGAAAAGUGGCUAAAUCGCUGCGUGCACUUGGCCGAGAGGUUGGUGCAUGCUCUAAAACAGUGAAAAAGUAUCUGGAGAACAUGGACAUGAAUACAAGAAGCUGCAGUCCCGACCACUGGUCUCGGAGCUGCAGGCAAUGACGCAGCGACAGCGGUUGAAUAAGAUGGUCAAGUCGAUUUUCCCGGAGAAUCGCGACGCGGCAGUGGUAUUGGAUGACUAGACCUAUCUCACCCUGGAUGGCAACGACUAGCAGGGUUUUUCGUAUUUUACCUCCCCCACGAAGGAAGUGAGCACCGAGGUAAAGUUUAUUUCACAGACCAAGUUCCCCAAGAAGGUGCGGCUGUGGCUGACAAUCAGCGAGAAAGGGAUGUCAAAGUUACUCUUCUUUAGCUCCGGGCUGGCCGUGAACGGGGAAAUUUAUAGUACGAAGUGCCUGACAGACGUUGCGUCGUUCAUCAAGAAAUACCGUAAGCGCGAAGACACGGUGUUCUGGCCAGAUUUGACGUCGGCCAAUUACUCGAAGCGAUCGUAGGAGGAGAUGGAGCGGCUGAAUAUCGAUGUGGUACCGAAGUCGGUGAAUCCGCCCAAUGUCCCCCACCUGCUUCCCAUCGAGAAUUUCUGGGCAAACUUGAAGCGCAAGAUCUAUUCCAACAAUUUUGUCGCGAAAACGGAGGAGGAAUUAAUAAAAAAAAAACGAAGAAAGAGCUUAAAAACAUGGCUACACGCAUGUUUUCGUCCGCCAUGGCAAAUGUUACGGUUAACUGCCGGAAGGCCGCACGCAAGGACGUAAUAUUUUUUUGCGAGGAAGCUAACAUGAUAACCUUGCAUAGGAAAUUCAUCCAACUCAAUUAUCUGUCAUAGUUUCUUUUUCAUCACCAUCUGGAAUAGUCUUUUUUUCAUCAUCUGAAAAAAAAAUUUUUUACCGCAAACGUUUGCUGUCAAAUUAUCGAUAAUAUCGAUAAAACCCCCGGAAUUAUCGAUUGUUAUCGAUGUACGUUUUGGGCGAUAUUUCCCAUCACUACAUGGACCAACAAACGUCAUGGACCAGAGUUGAUCUGCGAUAACACACACAUAUAUGAAAUUUGACAGCAGUGAAUCCCCUCUGGUAUUUGCGUUCCAACCUAAAAGACACAUCGUGCGUAACGGGAGCACUGGAAAACUCAAAAGCACCACGAGAUUAGGAAAGCAGAAGAACUGCUAGGCAGCUGGCAAGGACCUAAGACAAGACGCGACAGCUGGCUUCUUAUUUUUCUUUUCGUCACGGCCGUCAUCCCCGUCGAAAUUUUUUUGAACGUUCCAUACCGUUGAUACCAGAGUGAUUAUUUUUAACAACUUCUGCAGGUCAAUGAAAAUAAAACAAAUUAAAAUUGCAAUAUAUAGGCGAAUAAUACUCAAUUCUUAUUUAUUAUUUUAUGUUCAAUAAAUCAUACUUCUACUAUCAAAUUUUUUCUUCCUAAGUUUCUUGGUACCCAAAUUUUUUCUUUCUAAGUUUCUUGGACUUCAACCGAAAUAGUAAUAAACGAUUAAUCAAUGCAUUUUUAAAGUUAUAA